AUGACGACUAUUGUUAAUCUUGUCACAUCUUCUGUUAAACGCAAUACCGAGUUACAAUCUGCUCAAGUUAAUGAAAUUGCACGUUCUGUUAUUGCUGGUGAAUGUGAGACUCGUCGAGGAGCUAAUCAGAUUGGUACUUUGCAUCGAGCAGACACUACUCGUUGGAGCUCCCAUUUUGAAUCUAUUUGCGACUUAAUAGAUAAGUAUAAUGCAACUAUUAAUGUGCUUGAAAACAUUGUCGCUAAUGGUUCUUCUACUUCGAUGCGUGGGGAAGCUGGGAGUUCCUUAAUAGUGAUGAAGUCUUUUGAUUUCAUUUUUAUUUUACAUUUGAUGCAUAAAAUUAUAGGGAUCACAUAUUUACUUUAUCGUGCCUUGCAACAAAAAUAUCUUGAUAUCAUAAAUGCAAUGGAUUUGGUCUCUACAACUAAAGCACUUCUUCUAACAUUGAGAAAUGAUGGUUUUGAUAUUCUUCUUUCAUAUGUCAAAUCAUUUUGCACAAGAUUAGAUAUUGAUAUACCAGACAUGAGUGCUCAUUAUAAGCAUUCUGGUCGUUCAUGCCGGCAAAGGGAUACCAUCAUAGUUGAGCAUCACUUUCAUUAUGAUAUAUUUAAUACUGCAAUAGAUUUUCAAUUGGAAGAGUUAAACUCUAGAUUCAGUGAUGAGACAGUAGAACUUCUUAUGCUUAGCUUUGCCUUAGAUCCAACAGAUAAUUUUAAUUGGUUCAACAUUGAUAAGAUUUGUACUCUCGUCGAGAAGUAUUAUCCUGAGGACUUCAUUGAAUAG